AUGGCACGGGCGCUGAAGGGCAGCAACGCGCUCACCGGGGAGACGAUUUACAUGGAGCAAGCCGUCGCCAACGGCUCGGACGUACUCGAGACCUCGGGGUGCGGCACAGGCGCCUGCUCGUCGCAGAGGCGAUUAACAGUGGACUACCCUUUCUUCGACGUCCCUCCGUACAUCAACCUCGGGGCAGUAGGCGGCGCGCAGUUCAUCGUUGACUCCUCUGGUGACUUCUGCACGCAGAGCUACCAGACGCCCGCAAUCAUCGAGCCGGAAGGCGUCGCGGGCUUCCCACAGGACGCCACGAGCGAGUUGGUGCAGGCAAACAUGGCCUGCGGCAUCGCGCCCAUCAAAUUCGUGUUCACCACCUCGGAGCUGUCGGCGUACAAUGACACAACUGAGACUGCGAGCAUGCAGAUCGUGAUCACCUUAGCUGAGUCUACCUUCAUCGAUUCGGACUACUGCGAGUCCGUUCUCUACGCCACUGGGGGUUUCCCGCGGCUCAGCAGUUGCUUGUUCGUCGGCAAGGAGGCGACCCUUACCCUGCAGACUCCGCUGACGCAGCAGCAGACGUAUUCGAUCGCGAUAAAGGUGGUGUCGCCGGCGGUGAGGAAGACGGCGUCGGAGAACAACUUCGAGAUGGUUAUCAAGCUCCAAGGCAAAGACACGAUCGAGGGCACGAUUGCGCCAGUAGACAUGGUUGAUGUAGUCGAGAGCGCGAAGGACGCCUCGCACCACGGCGGCAUAUACGACUAUGACGAAGGGCGCUGGGAUCGAGGCUACAUCACCGCUCUCCUGUGGCAGCCCGACAGUGAGUACUCGCCGUACAUGGGCAGCUACACGAAGUUCUCGUUCGGGCUGAGGUCCUUCGGCGAGAUGACCCUCUCGCAUCUGAUACAGGUCGUGGCGUACCCGACCGACGUCUGGAGAUUUGGGGAGCCGGACUCGGAUUGCGAUAACUACCAGCAGUCUGGGCUGGUGGGAUCUUCCUGCAAGUAUUGGUCGUUUCCUGGCGCCCUGGAGACGGAGUCGAACGGCUUCCAGAUCACGGUGGGGACCACGCCUUUCCUCAACCUCGGCACGGAUACUGCAGUGUCCUUCAGUAUGCUUCUCCAAAAUCCGUCUGUGCCCGUGAACGCUUAUUGGGUGGCCACGUCUUUCAGGUACGACAACUUGGAGCCUGUCGAGCCCUUCUCAGUCUUCAUGGACAAGCCCGUCGCCAUCAUCGGUUCAUUGUCGGGCUACGUGACCGGUUGGGAGCUCGCCGCGGUCAGCCAGAUCCAGUGGAUCACACUUGAGCUCUACCCAGGCAACAUGGUGAUGCCUGUUAGGGUCGGGGACGAGUCGUCGACGGGUGGCAUGCUGGUCUUCGUGCCACCAACGACCUUCGUAGUUUUAUCAAACGAGGAGCCCGCCGACGUUCCUGGGUACAACGCCCUACCGUGCCGCAACUGGCCGGAGGCGGACCGCGAGGCGGGCCGUUGGGUCUGCAAGUUGGAGGACGAGGUCCCCUUCGCGGACACCCCGUACCGCGUGCAGUUCAAAGUUCAGAACCCAGCCUCGCCCGGAGCGGCGCUUGCUUGGCGGGUGGAAUUGUGGCAGCAAGGCGACACGAAGCCGGUGGCCCUCACCCGGCAGAUCCGCGGGAUGCCUGUCUCGGGGACCAUGGCCGCCGCGCUUGCCCCGUCCAACCAAAUGCUGGGAGCAAGCAACGUCAUCAAGUUUGACUUCACCCCGUCUCAAGAUAUCGGCGACUACGUCGAGACCCGUCUGGAAGUUGUAGCACCCGAGGGCUUCGUGAUCAAGAAAACGCCGUCGAACUUCGAGCUCAUCGACAUCCCGGACUGUACCGUCGCGGGCUCGGACUCCAAUUCUUUCUCUUUGACCUUCACGGAGAGCAACGUGAUCAGGGCCGGUGAACAGUACGUCUUCGCUCUAGAGGUAUCAAAUCCCCAGGUGGUCGUGCCAGACAACAUUAAUUAUUGGAACUUCGAGACCGUGCGCCCGGAUGGCUUCGGGAGAGACACGGCCCGCUAUGCGGGCUUCGAUAUGUACCCCGCCGAGUUCUUAUCUUACAAGGUCGAGCCAAUGUCCAGGUAUGCGGGCGCGCAGUACGUAGUUGUCAAGUUCACGUCCUCGCAAACCAUUCCCGCUGACGAUUUCAUUCGAGUGCGUGCCCCCGUUGGAGUAAAUUGGUAUACGGAGGACCUCGACUUCGCCACCAACGCCGCCGUCACGGGCUCUCAAGACCUCGGGACUGGGACUCCUGUGAUCGGCUUCGCCGAUACGAACGAGCUGAUUUUCCAGCUCACCUCGGCCGCGUUGGGCAACCUUGAAUACGGGUUCCGGUGCCGAAUCGAGGUCCCCGAGGCCACGCCGGUCCCGAAUCGAUGGUGGAUCGAGCAGUUCAGGGGAACCGGCUCGGUGUCCACGGCAACAUGGUCCAACAUCGCCGCCAUGGGCGUCGACGGAUUUACGACUUCUGCGCUCAUCAAUGUCGCCGUUACCCCGUUCAGCGUCGUGAAGGAGGGUUGGAACAACCCCACCUUCUUCGUGUUCGAGGCCGCCACCGCCGUGGCCGCCGGCGAGCUGCAGCUGGCCUCGAGCACACAGGUCAUCCCCGCGGACCUCUUCGUGGUGGCCCCCCCGUCGUUCACGUACAUCUGCCCCCUGGAAGAGACCCUGGCCCAUUACCUGGAGGCCGAAGGCGCCGUGUCGGUCCCCGACGACGUCGAGUGCAACCUAGUGUACGACCCAGUGAGCAGAUCGGAGAUCCUGCGCCUGAGCUUCAAUUCGGGCAUCGAGGCCGGCGUGAAGUACGCAUUCACAGUCGACAUCGUGAACGCUCCCUUCAUCGACCCCACCGACAACAGCUUCACUCUCGAGACGCGCUACAAUGGGCAGUUUGUGGAAAGCCUCACAGUCGAUGGUUAUCAGCUGGCCGACCGGAUGGACAACACGCGUUAUUACCCUUACCCUGCCAGCGAAGAUCGCAAGGCCCUCGCGACCGCGAACGUCGUCACUUUCAUCAUCGGGCUGUCGGAGGCAAUCGAUGAAGCAACAGUUCUGGAGGUGAAGGCGCCGUUCGGAUAUCACAUCGCGUACGACUGCACAUUGGACUUCGGGCAGGCGACGUGGGUGACAGGCAUGAUUGACCUUCCAGCCCACGAUACGUGCCAGAACCGCGAGGCGGUGUCGCCAGAGAUGGACUACAUCGCGGACAUCUACAUGACUGGCUAUUGGGGCCUCGGAGAACACGCCUUGUGGAUAAGUGUCGGGAAUCCCCAAUUUGAUUCGGAGCGGAACUACUGGAGCUUCACCAUCCGGGACUCCGUAGAUCUCCCUUUGGCCUCCGAGCCCUGGGUCGAGGGUUUCAAAAUCCAAGCCGUGUACAACGCCGCGUUCACGCCAUACAUCCCAGCCAACACCAUCAGCGGAGAGGCGGCCAUCAAUCCAGUUGAACUCAGUUUCGAGCUGACCACCCCGCUGCCAGCUAGCACCAGCAUCCAGGCAGUGAUCUUGAUUCAGGCUCCAGAGGGCUUCUUGUUCCCCCCUGUCUGCCAGGACUUCGUCCCAGACACUGGGAACGCCGCUUCGGGCAUGUUCCCGCUGCCGUCCUCGACCAGCUGCAAUGGCGACGGGGGGCGGCACCUGACUUUAACGCUUCCCUCGUGGUUCGAGAUGGUCAACAGCACUUCUUACCAGGUGCGCUUCACUGUUAUCAACCCCACCUACACUUUCGUUGCGGCAGACACGGCGGACCGGUGGUGGCAGAUCCAGACCCAGUACAAUGGAGAGGAGGUGGAUAAAAACACCGUGGUCCCUUCUUUCCCAGUCUACCAGCGGCUCCAGUAUUUCAGCGUCGACACACUUUCGCAGAUCGGAGACGAGGCGACGUCCAUCCGCGUGCUGUUCCAGCUCGACUCGGAACUGUCGCCUCAGAAGACUGUCACCAUCACCGGGCCUGAGGGUAUGGCGUUCGGAGGGGUGCAAUCGUAUUAUUGCGUGGACCCCGACGUGGACCUCGCGACUAUCAGUUCACAGUUCGCAGAGCCUGCUAUCAGCGGUGUGAUUCCGUUACCCGAGUGGAUGGAGUGCCAUGUCGAGGGGACGUCCGUCAAACUCACCAACGCGGAGAGCGUUCUGGAUGGGCGUUCAUUGGAGACGAUUCAGGUGUUCGAGUUUUUCGUUCAGAAUGUGACCAACCCGCCCUCCGUGCCAGACGUCAACAACUUCUUCAUCGUCGCGGAGACGGACACGGAGUUCGGGCAGGAGGCCUGGGCCACGGACGCGUGGGAGCUGUUCCCCCAGCUCACGGACUGCUCCGUGACGAGCUCGAACCCCAGCUAUUCGUUGUACACGAACUUCACGUUCAGCCUGGGGACGGUGACCUCGGUGCCCGCGGGCGGCUCCAUCCAGAUUGUGGGGCCCGGCGAUUACUACUUCGGCCCCAUCUUGGGAUAUGUGGACGACCUGUUGGAGUCCAUUCCGCCUUCGCAGGGUAUGGUGGACGAGCGGCCGUCCAAUAGCCAGCUCGUUGCCUGUUCGCUGUUGCGCCCAGCGGACUGGGUCUGCGUGCUGGAUUUCCAGCCGUGCGUCGACCAGGCGUCGUUGGAGUCCAUCGGCAGCCUCAUCUCAACGGACGAGCAGGCCUUGCUGGACGCGGCAACCCUCUCGUGCGAAGCGUGGCAAACGAAAUGUAACUCGGGGGACCUGUCCGAGCUGAUCACGUGCGAGAGCCAGAGCAACGUCCUGACACUCACGCUCCAGCCAGACGUGAUGCUGCCCUCUGGGCGCUUCUUCCGGAUCGCUGUGCCGGGUCACAACACCCGCUAUGAACCAACGGAGGAUGACGACGUGACGUGGACUUUCAGAACCCGCGACUCCGACGUGGACCAGACUGUCAUGGACGAGCGCGUCGGCGUGACCGGUUUGACCUUGGUGAGGGUGGUGGACGUCUUGUCCAUCUCGCCUUACGACACCAAAGUGAGCAGUUCCACGAACGUAGUGACAGUUACCAUACGGCUCGACCAGACAAUCGAGCCUUACGCGAGGUUGCUAAUCACGUACCCGGAGGCCUACGCACUCAUCGAUGGCGCGGCAGACCAAGGGCUUACUGUAUCAGUUGCGACCGAUUGGCCCACUAAGACCAUCAAUAUCGUGCAGUACAGUAAUGUUGUAGAGUUGACUUCUUAUGAAGAGGCCAUGCCUGCCAACACUGAUAUGACGUUCGAUGUUAUCCUGAGCAACCCCGCGAUCUCGCCGUUUGCUGUGGACAACAUAUGGAUGUUCGAGGCACUUAGCAGGGCGAAUAGUGACACAUUCUACACCGUGAGUUCCCACUUGCACGUCCACGGCUUCAAGGUCUUCGGAGAGUUCUCUGUUUCCACCAUCGAGCCGACCAUCAUGUCGCCAACGGCCACCAACCAGGUCAAUCUAUAUUUCAUGUUGAAGAGCCCCCUCGUGUAUACCGCAUCGAGCUAUCUGUGGGUGUGGCUGCCAGUAAGCUGGGCACCCAACACCUACGUUGCCCCAGGGUCCACAGACACGAACUGGUGGCAGGAGCUCGCGGAUCCUCAGCUGCUAUCUGGAACGGAGGCUUCGGCGCACUAUGACGAGGCGCUCGAUCAGUAUUACAUUUUAUUCAGGCUGGGCACCACCGCAGAAGCCGGCAUACAGUAUGCCUUCGGCUUCAACACAUUUAAUCCACCGGUUAAUCCCACCGACACGACGAACGAGUGGCGUUUGGAGACGAGCCAAAACGGCGUAAUGUUGCAUUUGCAAAGCGGAAUCGAGGGAUUUUUUCUGCAGGAGCUCGUCACGGCCUCUGUUACGCCAUCUGACACGACCUCUCUUCUGGAGCACAAUAAGGUGUCUUUCAAGUUCGAGAGCAAUCAGCGGAUCGUGGGGGGCUCCUUGAUCACAAUUCUCGCGCCCGAGGGUUUCAUAUUUGAUUGCUACGACCCCCUUGCUCUCUUCGAGACGGAAGGCCUGGCUGCAACGACGACUUGCUCAGACUUUCCUCUGCAGCCCAACCUGGUGGAGCUGACCAUGGACAGUCUUGACGUGAGGCUUCCUAACGCCCCGUUCACGAUCACCAUCUCCAUGACGAACCCAGAGUUUACACCCCAGGUGAAUUACUUCACGUUCUCGAUCAACGAUCCUGCUGGCGCGUUCACUGACAUGGCCAACAACGUUCCCUCGUACGACAUCACUGGGGAUAUAGAUGUUGUUAUCAACGGAACCUUCCCCUACUUCGGGUACACAAACCCGCUUGUAAUCGAGUUCCAACAGACGACCAUUCUGAACAUGGCAGACACUGGAAACGAGAUUGUGUUGACUGGGCCGACUGGCUACGUAUUCCCAGUCAACUGCACGGGCUUCGACCUCAGGUUCUCUCUAGAGACUGCCGCGCAGUCUGUCAACGGGUACAGUGACCUGUUCGUCUUCCCGCCGCCAGGCAUCGAGUGCACCGGCUUCGGCAACAGCACGGUGGUCAUCAAGCUGCCUGAGGGCGUUGGGCUCCUCACGAACCUGUACACCCUGAACGUGGACGUCGAGGACCCCCUCGUCGGUGAGCUGAACUGCACCGACGAGUGCUACUGGACCCUCCUCACGAGGAUCCGCAACGACGACGGCCAGCACAUCGUCGACUCAAGGAUCAACAUAGAGGCAAACUUCGAACUGAACGUGCUCGCGGCCAUGGCGAUCGACGAGGGAGGGGCCGGGCACCUCGCGGCGCCCGGCCUCGCCGCCCUCGCAGCUGGCGCCCUCUCCCUGCUCCUGGCCAGCGGCGACGCCGGCUCCAGGUGA